CUCUCUCUUCUAAUUGGUUCUUCUCUCUUUCCCCAGCCGAUAACUCUCUCUCUCUCUACCUCUGUAUUUCUGUUCAACAUUCAAAUUUUCACUUCUUGAUUUUCUUAACUAUAAAUUGCCUAAGUGAUUCUGAUCAUGGCUUCGACGAUAUUUAAUGCUCCUUACAAAGUUCCAGCACUCAAGGGAUUUGACCGCAACAACUACGUUGGUCUUAGGCCGACUUCAACUUUGAAUUUCAGUUAUGCUCCGUCGACGGCCAAGUUGCCUCAUCGGGGUGCUUUUGUCGUUAGAGCGAGCCAGACCGGCGAUGGACCCGCCAAGAAGCUAGGGAUGACCGAUGCCGAAUGCGAAGCCGCUGUUGUCGCGGGGAAUAUUCCCGAAGCGCCUCCCGUGCCGCCUAAGCCCGCGGCUCCGGCUGGGACUCCCGUGAUUCAACCGAUUUCACUUAAUCGACGUCCUCGUCGAAAUCGUAAAUCCCCUGCAUUGAGAGCAUCGUUCCAGGAAACAAAUUUAUCACCCACAAACUUUGUAUAUCCACUCUUUAUUCAUGAAGGUGAGGAGGACACACCAAUUGGUGCCAUGCCAGGAUGUUAUCGGCUUGGAUGGAGACAUGGACUUGUGGAAGAGGUAGCAAAGGCUCGUGAUGUUGGUGUCAACAGCAUUGUGCUUUUUCCGAAAGUUCCUGAUGCUUUGAAGUCUCCCGCCGGAGAUGAGGCUUUUAAUGACAAUGGUUUGGUGCCUCGAACAAUACGGCUGCUAAAGGACAAAUUCCCUGAUCUUGUUAUCUACACAGAUGUUGCUUUAGAUCCAUAUUCAUCUGAUGGGCAUGAUGGUAUUGUCAGAGAAGAUGGAGUUAUUAUGAAUGAUGAGACGGUGUUUCAAUUAUGUAAACAAGCUGUUUCCCAGGCCCGAGCUGGAGCUGAUGUUGUCAGUCCUAGUGACAUGAUGGACGGUCGCGUAGGAGCUAUUCGUGCUGCUCUUGAUGCUGAAGGCUUUCAGCAUGUUUCCAUCAUGUCAUAUACUGCAAAGUAUGCAAGUGCAUUUUAUGGUCCUUUCCGUGAAGCCCUGGACUCAAAUCCACGUUUUGGAGACAAAAAAACUUAUCAGAUGAACCCAGCAAACUACAGAGAGGCUUUGGUUGAGGCCCGUGAAGAUGAAGCUGAAGGAGCUGAUAUACUUUUGGUCAAACCUGGUCUUCCUUAUUUGGAUAUCAUAAGGCUUCUCAGGGAAAAGUCCCCUCUGCCAAUUGCUGCCUAUCAGGUUUCUGGUGAGUACUCAAUGAUCAAGGCUGGUGGAGUUUUGAAAAUGAUCGACGAGGAACGAGUGAUGAUGGAAUCAUUGAUGUGUCUGCGCCGUGCUGGUGCUGACAUCAUACUAACUUAUUUUGCUCUUCAGGCUGCUAGAUGUUUAUGUGGAGAGAAAAGGUGAAAUUUCCAUACAAAAAAGAAGCUAGGGAUUGUUAGUCAGAAAGCUGAGAACUUAGUUUUUGUAUGUAUGGUUCGUGAUUGGAAUUCUUAACACAUCAAUACACAGACCAUCCUUCUCUUCUCAUGAAAGAUAGUUGUAUCGGAAGAGUAUGGUUAUGCGUAACAAAGAAUUUUGUAAUAAAGAUAUUCGAUUCUUUGUAACAAGAAUAGGUAUAAACAAAAUUGUGGUUGGGUGCAGCAUUAGAACAUGACAGUUGGAACGGAUGCUUUAUUCCAUUGUUCGUAAGUAGUGGCGUGACGAGCUGCAAUCGCCAACCUACUGCUUAAA